CGUUGCUUACUCACGCUCCCCUCUCUCUCUAAACUUCGCCGCCACUCCCAGUCUCUCUCUACCUAAAAAAACAAAAACUCCCAGUCUCUCUCUCUCUCUCUCUCUUCUCCUUAGAGCUAGAUUCUGGAAGCCAACAAAAACAGACGGAAGCAGAGCGAACUGAGAAAGAAUCGUGCUCCGAAAAGCAAACCCCUGCAGGCUACCCAGCUCCUCCCUCUCUCUCUCUCUCUCUCUCUCUCUCUCUCUCUCUCUCUCGAUCUACGCAAGCCUCGGUCUCCGCGAUCGCUGCGGCGGUUGCUCCUGCCUCCUGGGCGCCGGCGAGCUCGCUGAUGCUUGCGCGGUGCUCCGAGACGCCGGCGGUGCGCUAGUCCGAGCCCCGAGCGAGCGAUGCGGGCUGGGGGCGACCGCCUCGGGCCCGGGGUUCCGGUCCUCCUACUCCUGCUGAUCGCCGCGGCGGCAUUGCCGCGUGGGGCGCUAGCGGCCACCGACACCGCCGAUGUUUCUGCUAUAAAUGGAUUUUAUGCCGCACUUGGAUCACCAAAGCUGCCUGGAUGGUCUGCGAGUGCAGGAGAUCCCUGUGGUGAAAGUUGGCAGGGUGUCACAUGUACCGGCUCAAGUAUAACCUCAAUAGUUUUCAAUGCUGCAAAUUUGGGAGGACAGCUAGGCAGCCUAGGGAACUUCACUUCAAUAACUGAAAUAAAUCUUAGCAACAAUUAUAUUGGUGGAACUAUACCGGAAGAUCUACCUCUCACACUGCAGAAUUUCUUUCUCUCGGAUAACCAACUCACUGGAAGCAUCCCGAUGUCAUUAUCAAAACUCCAUAGUCUAACAGCAAUGUCACUGAAUGGUAACCAUCUAGAUGGAAAAUUGCCAGAUGCUUUUGAUUCACUCACAGGACUUGUAAAUCUGGAUAUUUCUUUCAACAACUUCAGUGGCCCAUUACCACCUUCAUUGGGAAGCUUGACAUCACUAACUACAUUUCACAUGCAAGAUAAUCAACUAUCUGGGACCCUUAGUGUCUUGCAGAAUCUCCCCCUCAAAGAUUUAAAUGUAGAGAAUAAUUUGUUUUCUGGACCAGUUCCUCCGAAGCUGCUCAACAUACCAAACUUCAAAAAUGAUGGGAACCCAUUUAAUUCCAGCAUAACUCCCUCAACCCCUCCCUCUUCAACUCCUACAGGCUCUACACCAACACAAACACCAUCAUCCUCUUCAGGAGCUCCUCCACCAUCUAGUACACCCUCAAACUCUUCUGGUGGAUCUACUGCACGAGACAGCAGCUCUCCAUCAUCCAAGAAACACAAGUCUUCAACCCUCAGAAUCGUUGGAUAUGUUCUUCUUGCCAUUGUGCUAUUCAUAGUUAUAGUGCUGCUAUUAAUAUUCUGCCUGUCCAAGUACCAAGAGAGACAGAGACGUGACUAUGCCACAAGUCAGGUGGGGAGGGUGCGUCAGAGGGUAGAGGAGCCAAAAAUCAAGGAAGCUUCAGUGCAGUCAAGGAAUGAUGCUAAAAAAGGUUCAGCUGAGAUUCCUGAUAGGAAGCAGGCUCGUGAAAUAAAUUUAGCAGUACCAGCUGCACAUGAGAAGCCUCCUGAAAAGAGAAAAGAGCAUGUAAUUAAUUUGGAGCGAACAGAAUCGGAGAUCUUUGCUGCAGCACCUCCACCACCACCUCCACCACUGCUGCCACCGCCACCUCCACCACCGCCACCUCCGCCACCAACACCACCUCCACAACCUACUGUUGAAACAGUAACUGUAAAUCCCAUUUUCAGGCCAGAAAAAAGAGUUAGCACUCCACCAAGGACAGGUCCCUCGACAUCUGCAGCAUCCUUUUCUGUUGCAUCACUUCAGCAAUAUACAAAUAGUUUCAAGGAGCGAAAUUUGUUAAGAGAGAGUAGGUUGGGAAAAGUGUAUCUGGCAGAACUUCCUGAAGGCAAAUCACUGGAAGUUAUGAAGAUCGACAACGCUAAUGGAAGAAUACCAGUAGAUGACUUUCUAGAGCUUGUUGCGCGUAUAUCAGAUAUUAGACACCCUGACAUUCUUGAGCUUGUUGGAUACUGUGCGGAAUAUGGACAACGGUUACUUGUCUACAACCACUUCAGUAGAAAAACACUACAUGAUGUACUACACGAAGGAGAGGAUCUAGAUGAUGCAUUAUCCUGGAAUGCUCGCCUCCACGUUGCUCUUGAUGCAGCAAAAGCCUUAGAGUACCUCCAUGUCACCUGUGAACCUCAAGUUGUGCAUCAGAAUUUUGAACCAGCCAAUGUGCUCCUUGACAAUGGAUGCUCAGUACGUGUUGCUGAAUGUGGACUGGCAGAACUGAUGUUGUCAAAUUCUGUUACACAGUUAUCAGGUCGCAUGCGGGCUCUAUUCAAUUAUGAAGCACCUGAAAUCCAUGAAUCUGGGGCUUUUACUGAUCGAAGUGAUGUUUAUAGUUUUGGUGUGGUGAUGCUAGAACUUCUUACAGGCCGUAAACCAUACGACAGUUCUCGCCCGCGUGCUGAACAACAUCUUGUUAGAUGGGCUGGUUCUCAGCUUCAUGACAUUGAGUCCCUGUCAAAGAUGGUCGAUCCUUCUAUUCGAGGAGAGUGUUCUGAGAUGCUGUUAUCACGUUUUGCAGACAUCAUCAGUCGAUGUAUUCUGCCGGAACCAGAGUUCAGGCCGCCAAUGUCUGAAAUCGUCCAGGACCUAGCUAGGAUUGUAGGUGCUACUGGUGAGGAAUCAAAGUGACAAAUCAAGGAGGGACAGUACAUCUGUCAGCUCGUGCAACUAGUGAGACGCUCAGUGAAUACAUCUUUAGCGCAUUUUGAGGGGCACCCGGACGGCAUUUAUAUUGGAUGAGAUUGUCGGCUAGUGUACAUGUCAUUUUGGAGCCUCAUUUACUUGAAAGGUGGUAGUGGUAGUGUGGUACAGCCAGUGUGGAGAUGUGGCUUCUCUUUGUUGCCGAGCAGAUUCCUAUGCUUCUCUAGACAUGAUUAUUUCACCUGUAGGCUGUAUCUCUUGUAACUAAUUCUAAUUUUUGGUUAAUUUAUUACAUUAUAGCUAGUGAUGUUCAUAUGAUGUUUUUUAGCAUGUUUUGAGCCUCAUCUUUCUCUUCAGAAAAAUAAAUAGCAUUGCUAACUC